UCAAACAAAAAUUGCAUGAGCAAUUUGCAUAAUUGUGUUGCAUCCAAAAGGGUCCUGGACAUGACUGCCACGGAAAACACGAUCCGUUUCAGUGUCCACACCCUGGACAAAGCCACCAAAGCGAAGGUCACCCUCGAGAAUUACUACACUAAUUUAAUCACCCAGCAUGUGGAGAGGAAACAAAGGCUUGCGAAGUUGGAGGAGUCGCUGAAGGAUGACAGCCUUUCGGAGGAACAGAAGAACGAGAAGAGGCUGCAGCAUGCGCAGAAGGAAACCGAAUUUCUGCGGCUGAAGAGGUCCCGGUUGGGCGUCGAGGACUUCGAGCCGAUCAAGGUUAUUGGUCGGGGAGCCUUCGGCGAGGUCCGGCUGGUGCAGAAGAACGAUACAGGACACGUGUACGCGAUGAAGAUUCUCCGGAAAGCGGAUAUGCUGGAGAAGGAGCAGGUGGCACACGUGCGCGCAGAGCGCGACAUCCUCGUCGAGGCGGACCACCAGUGGGUCGUGAAGAUGUACUACAGCUUCCAGGACCCCAUCAACCUGUAUCUCAUCAUGGAGUUUCUUCCCGGCGGCGAUAUGAUGACGCUGCUCAUGAAGAAGGACACGCUGUCCGAAGAGUGCACGCAGUUCUACAUCACCGAGACGGCGCUCGCCAUCGACUCCAUACACAAGCUCGGGUUCAUCCAUCGCGACAUCAAACCCGACAACCUCCUGCUGGACGCCAAAGGCCACCUCAAGCUGUCCGACUUCGGCCUCUGCACCGGCCUCAAGAAGUCCCACAGGACGGACUUUUACAGAGAUCUCAGCCAAGCCAAACCCUCAGAUUUUAUUAUAACGUCGAGUCCGAUGGACAGCAAACGACGAGCGGAGAGUUGGAAGAAGAACCGGAGGGCUCUGGCCUACAGUACGGUCGGAACGCCCGACUACAUCGCCCCCGAGGUCUUCCUUCAGACGGGAUACGGCCCGGCCUGCGAUUGGUGGUCGCUGGGCGUCAUCAUGUACGAAAUGCUCAUCGGAUAUCCGCCCUUCUGCUCGGAGAAUCCACAGGACACGUAUAGGAAAGUCAUGAACUGGCGCGAGACUCUCAUCUUCCCCGCCGAGGUUCCAAUCUCCGAAGAAGCCAAAGAAACUAUUACUAGGUUUUGCUGCGAGGUGGAGAGGCGAAUGGGAAACCAAAAAGGCAUCGAAGAGCUGAAGCUUGUGUCGUUCUUCCGAGGAGUGGAUUGGGAGCACAUCAGGGAGAGGCCGGCAGCUAUACCGGUGGAAGUCCGAUCCAUCGACGACACCUCCAACUUCGACGACUUCCCCGACGUCAAAUUGGAAAUCCCUGCAGCACCUUUACCUCAAGACGGAGAAGUGACGUAUAAAGACUGGGUGUUCAUAAAUUACACGUUCAAGAGGUUCGAGGGUCUUACGCAAAGGGGGACGCCCACGAAGAAAUAGUCAGCACUGCAAAUUAAUACUUAGAUUAUAAGAUGAAGAAGAAAAUAAGAAGAAGAAGAAAACACGAUAGAGAAAAGUGAGAGAAAAGGAAGAAGAAGACAAAAAAAAAGCAGAGAGAAACGAGAAGGAAAAAAAUGAAGAAGAAAAAAAAAAACAAAAAGAAGUGUUUUCUCAUAUUUUUUAGAAAUUAACAAAUCGAGUAGCUUUUUUCGUUCGCGGUUGUUGUUGUUUGUUCGAUUCGGUUGUUUCCUUGCGAGUUCUUUAGAUGAGAUUGUUAAGAGCAAAACGAGAGUAAUUAAUUAAUAACGCAAACGUUUUUUCAAAGAAAAAAA